GGACAGCGCUGCACACACACGGAACCUUCGUUUUUGUUCGAUUUGUUGUCAACCGGCGCGUUUCGGAUGUUACACCCCAGACGCUUCCUCUCAAACAAGCGAACUCAUUGAAGUGUUUGUGUCUGGAGGUCCUGUGUUCAACGUUAAAAGAUGUUUUUGACCAGAUCGGAGUAUGACAGAGGUGUGAACACAUUCUCUCCUGAAGGAAGGUUGUUCCAGGUUGAAUAUGCCAUAGAGGCCAUAAAAUUGGGCUCCACUGCCAUCGGUAUCCAGACAACAGAGGGGGUCUGUCUGGCUGUGGAGAAGAGGAUCACCUCUCCGCUGAUGGAGCCCAACAGCAUUGAAAAGAUCGUGGAGAUUGACAGUCACAUCGGUUGUGCCAUGAGUGGGUUGAUAGCUGAUGCCAAGACUCUAAUUGACAAAGCGAGAGUGGAAACACAGAACCACUGGUUCACUUACAAUGAGACGAUGACAGUGGAGAGUGUGACUCAGGCUGUGUCUAACCUGGCACUGCAGUUUGGAGAGGAAGACGCUGAUCCCGGUGCCAUGAGUCGACCAUUCGGCGUAGCACUUCUGUUCGGUGGAGUUGAUGAAAAAGGACCCCAGCUGUACCACAUGGACCCAUCAGGAACCUUUGUGCAGUGCGAUGCUCGGGCCAUCGGCUCAGCGUCCGAGGGAGCACAGAGCUCUCUGCAAGAGGUCUACCACAAGUCCAUGACAUUAAAAGACGCCAUCAAGUCGUCUCUCACCAUUCUGAAGCAGGUGAUGGAGGAGAAGCUCAACGCCACCAACAUUGAGCUGGCAACGGUAGAGCCUGGGAAGACCUUCCACAUGUAUUCCAAAGAGGAGCUGGAGGAUGUAAUCAAGGAUAUCUAAAGAAGGAAAGACUUGAAAGUCUUGGUUUGAGUUCUGGGCUGGAGAGGAGAGGACAUGGAAGUACACCUGGGCUCAAAGUCACAACACAACCACAACUUUACAUCAGCACAUUCUCAUAGCUGCAUUCAAAUUUGUUUUGAUUGCAUAAGAAGCUUCUCUUUGUAAUGUGUAAAUUUACUUCUUGUCUCUCAGUUUCUGUACAACCCUGUACAGCAGCCUGACCAGCGCUUACAGCUGAGUGGCAGGAAAACAGUAGGGGUGGGGGUGGGGGUGGGGGUGGGGGGGUAUUUUUUGUUACGAAUCAGUACUACAAUUAAACUGUUGUAUUCAGAAAGUG